AUGACGCAGAUCAACGACCAAGUCGACGUAGCCCACCACAGAGGCCAGAAAGGAAGAGACCGGAAACCCACCUGGAAAGAGGACGGAAAGCAAAGGGUAUGGCCAACGCUGCUGAUGAAUCGAUGGCCACGUCGUGGGGUCCCGAGAGUCGGUGAAGGAAGAGAAAGGGGACCGACUGUUUGUUUCUUUGGUUGAGAGCUGUGGACUCUCGGGAAGAGAGGGAACGAGAGGAGAGGGCGAAACGAAACGCCGCCGAGAGUCAACAACAAGGAAUUAUUCGUCGGUUGGGGACAAGAGAGGCCUGGCAGAGACCACAGCACCCAACUCACCCACCACCCCCACCAUAUGACUACAACGACCCUCGAGUGCGCGUCCAGCGAGGCCGUGGCCAAACAAUCCCCUUCCCUGCCAGUCAGAGGCAAAGACAGUUCAGCAAUGGAUACAAUAUGACACAGUAA